AUGCGACACUUCGCAACACCCUCCGCCAUUACCAUCACGAGGCUGCUGUGCGCUUGCCUGCUGGCCCUCGUGGCGUUGGUCCCGCCCUCAGCUUCAGCUGAACUACUCAGCAUUCCGCUCCGUGAGGCCCCUGCGCUCACGUCUGCCGCCCAGAUCUUCGACCCCACCAUCGAGCGCCAAACCGGUCAGAUCUGCCUCUGCGUCCCUGCCGAGAAGGUGCAGUCGUGCGAAUUGGCAGCGGCGUUCGCCAUCAUCAACGACCUCAAGGCAAGCUGGAGAGCUGCGGGGCUGCGCGCGACCAGUGCUUCGCCGACAGGGACUCGUGCCGCGCCGUCAGAGCCGAGUGCUUCACUGACAGGGCUCUGCUUCCUGGACAGGGACAGCAGCCGCGCCGACAGGUCACAGUGCAUCAUCGACCGCGACAACUGCCGCGCCAACUGCUGA